AUGAUAGAAGAGUUAAGUGGUGGAAAAAUCAAAUGGACGAGAUCACAUGGCACCUGCAAGAAAGCCAAAGAAAAAAAGGGUGCAGUGAAAAUAAGUGGCUAUGAGAAGGUACCUGCCAAUAAUGAGAAAAAACUGCAAGCAGCAGUUGCUCACCAACCAGUAUCUGUAGCUGUAGAUGCUUCUAGUCCGGAAUUUCAAUUCUAUUCUAAAGGUAUAUUUAGUGGCCACUGUGGAACUGAACUUGAUCAUGGAGUCGCAGCAGUUGGCUAUGGAGAAGAAGGUGGUAACAAGUACUGGCUGGUGAAGAAUUCAUGGGGCACUGGCUGGGGUGAAUCUGGUUAUAUAAAGUUGAGGCGUGAUCUAAAAAAUAAGCAUGGUACUUGCGGCAUUGCCAUGGAGGCUAGCUACCCUCUUAAGAAAUGA